AUGGCAAGACAACUCGUCCUUCUUCUUCUUUUCGUUGUCAGCGUCUCGGCCUUUUGGCCAUUUGACUACUUCUUCGACAGCAACAACUCAACUGGGCCUCCUCCUCCUCCGCCACCACCAAAGGGAGAAUCUCCUCUACCACCUAUUAUUGGUACAGGAGUAGGAGCCCCUCCACCACCACUAGCAGCAGGCGGAUCUCCACCACAAGAAGGAGCUCCUCGUCCACCAGCUGGAUCUCCUCCACCACCACCACCAGCGGGAGCUGCUCGCCCACCCCCUCCUCUCCAAGCAUAAUCCCCUCGGCAGACUAGAUCGU